CAGUAGGCCCAGGCUCCUCCCCCGGUCGGAGGGACUGGAGGAAGGGCUUCCCGGGGCCCCGCUGCUCCCCACCAUGAACAGCCGCAGCGUUUCCGUGUCCUCGUGCGGCGGCGACGGCGGCGGCAGGAGGCAGGCGAGCUCGCAGACGGAGGCCGUGGUGAAGGGACAAAACCCCAGGCUUUCCAAAGUGAAUCUUUUUACCCUCCUUAGUCUGUGGAUGGAACUGUUUCCAAAUAACGAACAAAAUGAGACUGAGGUGAGAAAAACUGGUCUGGUUGUUGUGCAAAAUUCAAAGGUUAUUGGUCUGCACUGUUCCAGUCCAGACCUUCACGCAGGUCAAAUUGCUGUUGUGAAGCAUGGAGCUAAAUUAAAAGAUUGUGACCUUUAUUUUUCACGUAAACCUUGCUCAACCUGUUUGAAGAUGAUUGUGAAUGCUGGAGUAAAUCAGGUGUCCUACUGGCCUGCUGACCCAGAAAUGAGCCUUAUUGAGCAUAAUGCAUUGAACGAUAGCUGCUCAGAUGCAAAGCUUGAUGCUAAAGCUGUGGAAAGACUGAAGUCCAAUAGUCGAGCUCGUGUCUGUGUCUUGGUGCAACCUCUGGCAUACAAUAUGCUUCAGUUUGUGGAGGAAACCUUACAGAAGUGUGGCUUUUUGCAAUAUUUAGCUGACACAGAUCCACAUUUUAAACUGGAGGAUUUUUUCACUGAGUACAGAAAGAACAAAUUGAAGGAAUUUGAAGAAUUGUAUUUAAUUUCCAAUGAAGACGUGCACAAAGACAUUUUAAAAACUUUAGGUCUGGAGAAUCUAUGCGAUGAUCCUUAUUUUACCAAUUUGAGACAUAAAAUGAAAGAACUUGUUAUUUUACUAGCAACUGUAAAUUGCAGUAUUCCAAAAUAUGGAACUGUUGGAUUUUAUUGUGCUGAUAAAGAAAUACCACCUGAAGGGCAGGACAACACUGGAAUCCAAGAAAUUGCAAGACACUGCAUGCUUCAAGCCCAGUUGUUGGCCUAUCGAACAGAGGAUCAAAAAAUUGGUGUUGGAGCAGUCAUUUGGGCAGAGGGAAAAUCGAGAACGUGUGAUGGAACAGGAACAAUGUAUCUGAUUGGAUGUGGUUAUAAUGCCUACCCAGUCGGAUCCAAAUAUGCAGACUUUCCUCAGAUGGAUGAUAAGCAACAGAAAGACAGAGAAGCCAGGAAGUAUAGAUACAUUAUACACGCUGAACAGAAUGCCUUAACGUUCCGGUGUCAAGAUAUUAAGGAAGAUGAGAAGACAAUGAUUUUUGUAACUAAAUGUCCAUGCGAUGAAUGUCUUCCUUUAAUUAAAGGUUCUGGUAUAAAACAAAUAUACACAGGAGAUCUAGACGUUGGCAAAGUAAAGCCCGAUAUCUCAUAUCAGAAGUUUUCUGGUCUACAAGGUGUAAGGAAAUUCACAUGGCAGUGGAUGCCAGACCCACAUACAGGAAUUGUUGAGAAUGGAUUCCUGAUAAAACGCCCAGUAGAAUCUUCAGAUGACAAACUUCAUGAAAGGAAGAAGCUGUGUUUCUAAAGCUGGAACAUUGUAUAUUUUAACAAAUGCAUUCUUAUGUUACAGACACUUAUUUAAGAUGAAGAAAGCUGCUAUUUUGUGGUUAAAUAUCAUUUUUUUUAAAUGAUAUUGAGAUUGUAUUACUUAACUUAAACAGAUGUAUCAUUGUUCAAACACAUAUGAAGAAAUCGUAUUUUUGAUUCACUUGGUAAGUUCUGAGAUGUGCUGCCUACUGUAUAAUACUUUUAAGUGUUGUUUAAAAUGUAUUGAAAGUACGAGUGCUAUACAAAGCCAUUUCACAUAUCAGACACUAUCUCGUAUGCUCGAUGAGUCCAGUCAAAAAUGACCUGCUUAUCUACACAGCCAAUUGACCAUUUAACAUGUUUCAUUCAGACAAACAUGGUGUUCUGUAAGCAUGUAAACGCCCAUUCAUUUCCACCAAAUAUAACACUGGGAACAUUUAUAACAUUAUAAAAUGUAAUUCUUUUCUAAAAACGUGUGUGAAUUAGUGAAACAGCAAGUAAUUAUUUAGCUAUUUAUGAUAUAGAUAUAUCAUAUCUAUAUUGGUUACAGCAGAACCUCAGCGAGACACUUUUGGAAAACAAAUUACAGCCUUACAUUGUGUGAUUUGAAGUUAACUCAAUACUUGCCUCUCUCAAUCUUUACUUUAAAGCAUCUUACAUCUGCUAGGAUUAGCCUACCUGAUAGAUUGAAUAUCUUUUUUUAAAAAAAGUGCAAUAGUUUCUCAUUUUGCUAGAUGUUAAAUUCAUUUGUCAAAAACGUAAACUGUUCCCAACUUUGUUACUUGCUUAUGUCUUUUCAAUCUUGUUCUUGCUUGGGUAAGAAACAUAAGUUUUGAAACCAUGUGCAGAAUUCCCAGAAAGGAUAUUUGAAUUUGUAAUAAAAGUUGCAAAGUAUGUUUUUAAAUUCUA